AUGACUUGCUCUCCAUCCUAUUUUGCAAUCUCUCUACUCAUUCUCUCAGCCGUCACCCACCUUCCCAUUUUGGCAUCGUGCGGUGGCAGUGGCUUUUCUGUAGAGCUCAUCCAUCGGGACUCCCCUAAGUCGCCUCUUUAUGACCCCAAUUUCACAUAUUCCUCCCGCAUCCGUGCGGCUGCUGAGCGCUCUCGUUCCCGUGCCAUUUACUUUCGUGAUGCCAUCCAAAAGGCUCGUAGUACUUCCUCUGCGCUCCCCAUGGAUGAUGCCAACAACUUCUACUCAGAGAUCACCCCAAACACCUUUGAAUACUUGAUGAGCUUCUACCUUGGCACUCCAAACAAGAAGAUCCUUGCCAUUGCCGACACAGGCAGUGACCUCAUAUGGGUCCAAUGCGCCCCCUGUAAUGAAUGCUACCAACAAACUACCCCUCUUUUUGACCCACAAGCUUCUUCUACAUACAAAACAAUCGCUUGUAAUACCGACUCAUGCUCGACACUACCACAAAGUAGUUGUGGCGCAUCCUCUCAGUGCUAUUAUCAAUAUGGAUAUGGUGACAAGUCAAUCGUUGAAGGCUACCUCUCCACGGAGACAAUAGGCUUUGACUCUACUGGAGGUCGUCCAGUACAAAUCCCUACAACUCUCUUCGGGUGCACCCAUCAAAGCAAUGGCACAUUUGACAAGAAUGGUGCUGGCCUUGUUGGCCUCGGUGGAGGAAAGCUAUCACUCAUCCGCCAACUCGGCUCCACCAUUGGCAGCAAGUUUUCC